UCGAUUCGGCGGAGAUCCAUGUACCUCUCUUGCCGGGCCGUAUUUUCUUCCAGGCCGCGAGGAGACAGAAACGCUCGGCCCGCCAAAGGACCGGGAGGCCCGAACUGCCGCGGCCCGCUGCCAGUCAGUCACUCACACCGCCCCUUCCUCCUCCUCUUCUCCGGCGGUUCUCCCCGGCUCCCAUGCGCCGCUGUCCCGUCCCGCCCGGCGGGUCGCCGGAGGGUUCGACGCCGCUGCGGCGCUGCCGGUGCUAGUGCCAGUUCCAGCCCCGCCGCCGCCUCGUCCACUCCGCCUCUAAAACCCGACGCGGUGGGAGCUCCACAAGUGCCGUCAGGCUGGACCUCGAAGCAAGCAUCGACCAGGGGACAGACUUGGCUGAUGAGCAACAGAAGAAGGGUAGCAUUUGGGAGCUCGUCAGCGAGGCUCAGUCGGAGCAAUCUGUCCUUCAUGACCACCAGAAUGCAGCUAUGUCCGAGUACAUCACCUCUACAUAUGGAGACAUGUCUCUUUCUCAAGCUCUCGAUGACAUUGAGAAAUGAACAUGAACAGGGGACUGUCAGCGAGCAGAAAUAUUUCUGCCGCUCUGAAUCUCUUAUCCCGUCAAGGGUGCACACAGGCUCGGCAAUGGUCGCAGGUACAAACUGCUUUAGGCUUGAUCAGUGGAAGCAAUCCGUCCGAGCUCCUUUCACAGGCCGAACUCAGGCGAUCUUUACCAUCUCAGUUCAGGAAUAACGAACAUGGACUCCUACCUGUCAGAUUCUGUCUCUCUAUAUCAUUGACCUCGUCGAGGGCGCGCACGCACUCAAAAGUGGUCGCAGG